AUGAUUUUCUACCCCAGAAAUGCCUCAUUAGUGCAUUUAGAUAACAUUUCUGUCAGUGCUGUGAGCGCUUCUAAUCAACGCCAGGAAAUCACAGAUGAAAUGAGACUUAUCCAGGCUGUACUAAUGUCUUGUGUGAUUUGUGUCACCGGCACUGGGAAUGCACUUGUCAUCCUGGGCUUCUUGGUCAACAAAAACCUAAGAACCCCAAGCAAUUACUUUCUUCUAAACCUUGCCAUCGGUGACUUCCUUACAGGUACAGUCUCUCUCCCACUGUAUUUGCAAAGUUAUAUUAUCAGUGGAGGUUGGGUGCUUGGAAAACAUGUUUGCAAAUUCUGGCUUGCAAUGGACUCUUUGCUGUGCCAAUGUACCAUUUACAAUAUUGCUUUAAUCAGCUUUGAUCGUUUCCUGGCUGUUACCAAAGCUGUGAAAUACCGAGAUCAGCAGAAGAAAAUAAAACUGGCCUUUAUGAAGAUGGCAGCUGUGUGGAUUGUAGCUUUCCUGAUCUUUGGCCCUGCAAUCAUUUUGUGGGAGUACUUUGUGGGAUACAGUGUGGUACCAGAUGGUGAAUGCUAUCCUGAAUUCUAUUAUACCACUAACUAUCUGCUGUAUUCUUCUAUUUUAGAUUUCUUUACCCCAAUGACUGCUAUAGCAUAUUUUAAUCUCAGCAUAUAUUUUAAUAUAAGGUCCCGUAUGAAAAACAAAACCUGCAAAAGUUCUGUUAGUGCAAGUAAUCUUAAAAAGGAUGACAAUGUUUUUGUGGAUUCUUCUAUCAAUUCAAGCCAUGUAGGUGGGAUGAAAGAAAAAAGCACCAAACAUCCAUCAAGUGAAAAACAAAUACAUAUCAUUAGGCUUGUGCUGACAAGUUGUCACACCAGCCCUGGUCAGUGUAGAGAAAGCAGAGAUGAAGUACCUGCAGGGUGUGUCAGGCCCAUGUCUUAUGAUCCAGUCAAAAAUGCAGCUUUAUCCAAAGAUAAAAAAAUAGCCAAAUCAUUAGCUGUUCUUGUAGAAUUAUCAAGAAAACAAGGACAAAUAUCAAUCUAUUUUUGA